UGAAAAUCGAAAGUACCGUUUUGUAGUGACGUAAAAGAAUACCGGUGAGAACGUCAUCGAAAUAUGACUACUUUAUUGACAAAUAUUCCAAACUCGUGUGAAUUAUUCCACGAGUUUUGUCAGUGCGACGCUUGAUAAGGAAGGAUUCGUCCGUCUCUGCCACGAAUUGGUGUCAAACAUGAUCGAAAGAGAACAGACAAAAAAGGAUAUAAAAGAAUUAACGAAAAAUGACAAGUAUUCGAUUUUACUUCCAACUUAUAACGAAAUCGAGAAUUUGCCUAUAAUUAUUUGGCUUAUUAUCAAGUAUAUGGAUGAGAGCGAUCUGGAUUAUGAGAUAAUCGUGAUAGACGAUGGUUCUCCAGAUGGAACAUUGGAUAUGGCCAAACAGCUGCAAAAUGUGUACGGUGAGAACAAAAUUGUUUUGAGACCAAGAGAAAAAAAACUUGGGCUGGGCACAGCUUAUAUGCAUGGGAUUAAACAUGCUACAGGAAACUUCAUUGUCAUUAUGGAUGCAGAUUUGUCUCAUCAUCCUAAAUUUAUACCAAAAAUGAUAGAACAACAGAGAUAUCUCGAUUUAGAUAUUGUUAGUGGCACCAGAUAUGCACAGGGUGGAGGAGUUUAUGGAUGGGAUUUCAAAAGAAAAUUAAUAAGUAGAGGAGCAAAUUUCUUAACACAGCUUUUGUUGAGACCAGGAGCAAGCGAUUUGACGGGAAGUUUUAGGUUGUAUAAAAAAGAUGUACUGGAAAAACUGAUACAGUCUUGUAUAUCAAAAGGAUAUGUCUUCCAGAUGGAAAUGAUUGUAAGAGCAAGACAAUUCAAGUACACUAUAGGAGAAGUUCCAAUUACGUUUGUCGAUCGUCUUUAUGGAGAAUCAAAAUUGGGAGGAUCGGAAAUUUUCCAAUUUGCAAAAGGUCUUCUAUAUCUUUUUGCCACUACAUAAUAUAAUGCAUAUUAAAAAAAAUAACAUUCCUUGUGUAUAAAAAUUACAUAUGUAAAGAAGAGAAAGUGUAUAUUAUGUUUUUUAAAUAAAUACUUAUAAUUUAAA